GACAGUGCACAUGCUCAGAAAUGCUGCACUUGUUCUCUUAGCAGUUUGCAGCGGCCAUUUCAAAGAAACCAUCACAAAGACAAGAGAAAGAUCAGAGAAGCAUCCAUUCCCAAGAUGCUGGCACCCUGCCUUCUGAGGAGAGCCAUCCUUACAGUUCCUUUGGUAUUUUUGGUUGCACUACUUGUCUCAGAGCCUGUCAGAGCUGACCAGGAAGCAGGAACAGCCAUCCCAGCUGAAAGCCGCCCCUGUGUUGAUUGCCAUGCCUUUGAGUUCAUGCAGAGAGCUCUGCAGGAUUUAAAGAAGACAGCAUAUAAUCUAGACACAAGGACAGAAACUCUGCUUCUUCAGGUGGAAAAGAGAAAUCUGUGUGACUGCAUAGCUGCCAAUCUGCUGAACUGAACCCUGGAGACCCCUGAGGAGGCUCACCUGUCCAGCAGUUUUUAAAAUGCAGCUGUAUAAAAUACAGCCUUAUGGAGUUCAUGUGGCAAGCAUGUAUGCCCCAAUGUGCUGAUGAAACCGGGGCCUGUGUCUGAUGUAUUUGUCUGUUCUGUAUUGUUUUUUAAAAGUACCCUCUUUUCACAUCUGCUGGACUGCCAGUAAGGGCUCAAUCCAGUAAAUCUGUUACUUGAUUUUAGGGUGGGGAGGGGGGAAAUGUACCUGCUUUGAUUUUUAAAUCAGAAUUUGCCAAGUGUAACCCCCCCCCC